AUGAUGCAGCUUGGACAUUUAUUCGCAGGUCAAAUAGUCAUGUAUAUUUCCUUCCUGCUGCUUGUGGCUGUUUCUGAAGGAAAGAUCAUACCGGCAGGAGUAAGCUACCUUGCCAGGUCUCCUUACCUCCGUGUGUCAGAUGCCAAGGGUGUGUUCUGCUUUCUGUUCUCAUUCUGCACGGCAACCAUUGGAUUCAUGCUGGAGACGAUGCGCUCAACAGCAAAGAUAUGCAAGAACGACCGAAUGAAGUACAGGGUGAUGAAGGCACAGCGUGGAUUUACCUAUAUGACGCUGAUCCUGUUUAUCGACUUCCUCAGUGCAUAUAUAUUUAAAUCCCUGAACGACAGGACAGUCAGCCUGCUCAUUCUUGGGCUGAUUAGCCAUGUGUGCUGCUCACUUACAGCAUUUCUUGGCAUGGACAUACUGAACACCUUUUUCUAUCUUACAUUUGUCAUGUCGAACCUGGGCGUGCUUCUGCUUACAUACGUGGUUGGGUUUGACCGUGUAUUCAUGGGCCUAGGCCACUAUCUUGGGAGAUUCAGAUUCUUUCCGAACUAA